UGUAAGUCUGUCGGUUUCCUGUCACUCCACAGGGAAGUUAUUAACUAUGCACAACAGGGAAGUUAUUUACUAUGUACAACUGCAGGUCUAAACAGGUAGAUCUACGCAUUGCCGCAGUGAUGGCCGUAGCCAGAGCAGAAAUUUGUUGAUAUUACUAACUAGUCAGCAGCAUUGUCAAAUUCAGCCGAACAUUUGACUUUUAGUUUUGAUCAAACUUUUACAAUGUUCGCAGGAAGGUUACAGAUUUUUCAGCAAAGCUAGAGGGAAAGUCAUCAUGUGAUUGUGAAUCCCAGGGCUGGAUAACUAUAGACAAUGUAAGUGAACCUUCUGAAGUGUGGAACGGUAAACCUGGAUUCAUCAUCACAGUAACCCUGUGACAUCAGUGAUCGUGAGGUGGUUAUUCAAUAGCGUUUUUACAUUACUAUAAGUUUAACAAACAUAUACUACUGGAUGGGACAGUCAAGUCCAGUUUUCAUUUCUUUACAUGACAAACUCUUAUUUGUGAGUGUUUAUAUUACUGAUAACAAUAUUUAUACAAAAACAACAUCAACAUCUUCAGGAUUUCAACAAAGAAUUUAGCUUUUCAUCAAAAUGGCAACCCCUAUAAGCCAAAUUCCUCUCCGUAUUAAAGGUCAAACGACAUGUAUUCACCACAGGGGCAGACAGCUAGACUUGUAUUGUGAAAAAUGCCAGGAACUGGUUUGUCUAAAAUGCCUUUCUUCUAUUCACAAAACCCAUCCAGUUUGUGAGCUCAGUGAAAUCAGUCCUCAGAAAGAACCAGACAUUAAAAACUUUAUAGACAGAACAGAAAAAAAUGACCUUGUGCAAAUUGGAAAAUACAUCAACUCUACUGAUACGCUCCUUAAAGACAACACCAGUACUUUUGAGAAGCUGUCACAAAAAAUAAAACUGCAAACAGAUCAAUUAAAACAAGAGCUGGACAUGCUUACAGCACAGACACUCUCUCUUUAUUACAAAAUGGAAGAGGAUAAUACCAAGCUGAUAAAGAAAUACAAACAGGACCUGGAGAUGUAUGAGAAGCAACUCAAACAACAAAUUCAAGAAUGUAAAGCAGCUCUCCAGCGUGGUUCACACAUACAGAUUUAUGAUACAUUUUGUGAGAUCCAGUCUCCUACACACAGUCUCCCUGUAAAACCUGUCCUGGGUACUGCCAACUUCACUACAAAUGAAAAUCCUCAAGAUCACUUGAAAACAGCCUUGGGAAAAGUUACCACCUCAGGUCAAGAUCAAACUUUAACUGACCAGGAUCGGUCAGUCUCAACAUCUGAUGAUCAAGGACAGCCCUCUACACAACAACAACAACGGUCAGGAGCAAAGGUGAAGAAAGCAGUGACAACAUACAAACUAUUGCCACAGACCAAGGUAGUGGAGGAGUGGAAGUCUCCAUGUGACAUUGAUUCUAUAUGUCCCACCACUGAUGGUCAGGUAUGGACACUGAGCUAUGACACAUUUACUCUCCUGGACAGGAAAGGUAAAGUAAUACAGGUGGUCGAACACAAUGUCUGUUUCAAUGACAUCAGUCUGUCACCAACCACACACACACUGUGGGUCUGUGAAAAUAAAAACAACAUCAUGCAGCUGGUUACAGGACGAAAGAUACACAGAUUCAGCACCAAGGAGAAUCCCUUGUGUAUAUGUGUUACAGCCAGUAACCAUGUCAUUGUAGGGAUGACCAAACACAUCUCCAAAUUUACCACAGCUGGUAAAAUGGUGUGUUCUACUAUGGCUAAAGGGACUGGGAAACCAUUAGUGUGUACACCACACAGGAUCUCAGAGUGUCCUGUCACUCACAAUGUGGUAGUCGCUGAUUUCAAUAUUGAACGUGAUGGUGGUGAUGGAAAACAACAUGUUGUUGUGAUGGACACUGAUUUCAAGGAGCUGUUUGUAUAUAGAGGUGACAUCCCCAGUACAUAUCGACCAACACCACAAACAAGAGGUAAACCAUUUUACCCCUGUGAUGUGGUGUAUGACAGUGUGGGGAACCUGAUUAUAGGGGACUGUAACAACUACAGGGUCCUACUCAUCAGUGGAGGUGGUGAGUUCCUCAGGAUCAUACACACAGACACAGACUUAACAGUGGCUGUAGGUAUAGACAGGGAGGAUGUCCUGUGGGCAGUGUUUGGGUAUACCAACAAAGUCACCAAACAACUAGUAUAUCUAGUUACCAUGACAAUGACAUGAAUAUCAGAAACAAAGGAAACUUAUCAUGAUUACAAAUCAACUUAAGAUGUGUGACAUUUACAGGAUUAUAAGUUAAACGUCUAGACUACAGAUUGUGAGACAUUCCCAGGAUUAGAAGUUAAAUGUCCUGACUACAGAUUGUGAAAUAUUCACAGUACUAUAAGUAAAAUGUCUAUAAAUACAGAUUGUGUUACAUUCACAGGAUUUUAAGUAAAAUGUCUAGACUACAGAAUGUGUGACAUUCAUUGGAUUUAAAGUAUAACAAGGCCAAUUCUUGUAGUAUGUCUGUAUUAGAU